CCGCCAUUGAGGACCCACAAUCAGAAGGAAAGGGUCAGAAAUCGCUUCGAUAGGCAAUGGUUGCACGUUUCCUUAAUUCUUGAAUCCAAACUUUGACAACAUUCUUUCAUUAAACACGACGUACUACUGUCUAAUAAUAAAAGUCGUUUUAAUUCAUGGAUAGCAGAUUUAAGAUAUUUUAUAGCAAUUUGAAGUAACCUUCAUAUCUAACGUUAGUCCGCUGUAAAGCUUACGAGUGAGGUUAGCAAGCUUGCUACCUGGCUAGCUUUAGCUACACGAAUUGAGCCUUGCUCUGGGGCAGUGUGCCUGCACUGUCGUUUGAUGGAUCCAAGAAUCGCUUGGUUUCAGCCAGAACAACGUGGACCAGCCAACAGCCUGUGGAUUCAGAUUUGGGAAACAACACAAGGUCUGGGGAAUCUGUACUUCAAUAACAACUGUAACACGGGUAGUUUGUCAAGCCUCAGUCAGAAAUCGAACAUCAACGGGACAUUGGGUAACGUAAUCUCGAGCAAGAACGGAGCUGUCACUAACAGCGAACCCAGGAACAAGGGAAUGUCCCACUCAACGAAUGACCGAGAUGUAGUCGAACAACGAGACUUUAUUCCGUUGGAAGCUAAUAACAACCACAACAACCGUUCAUCGUUGGGGAGGGGCAGCGGAGGGGAGCAAGUGGGCUCUGGGGUCUCAGGACACCCCAACAAAAGGAAAAGAGACAACAAGGCUAGCACUUAUGGAUUCAACAGUAGCCUCGAGACCGGAGGCUGUGGUUACACGGGAACACCAUGGAAAGUCAAGAACUACUCUGAAGGAAUCUUGGGGCUCCAUGAGGAGAUCAAUGACUUCUACAAGCACAUGUCUCCUCGGGAAGAGGAGGAGAGGAUGAGGAUGGAAGUGGUGGACAGGAUCGAGAAGGUCAUCAAAGACCUGUGGCCCACUGCUGACGUUCAAGUGUUUGGGAGUUUCAGCACGGGCCUUUAUCUGCCAACCAGUGACAUCGAUCUGGUGGUGUUUGGGAACUGGGAAAACCUGCCCCUUUGGACCCUGGAAGAGGCCCUGCGGAAGAAAAACGUGACUGACGAGAACUCCAUCAAAGUGCUGGACAAGGCCACGGUACCCAUCAUCAAGCUGACAGACUUCCGCACAGAGGUGAAGGUGGACAUCAGCUUCAAUGUGAAGAAUGGAGUUAAAGCUGCCCUUCUCAUCAAAGACUACAAAAAGAAAUACCCAGUGCUUCCGAAGUUGGUUCUGGUGCUGAAGCAGUUCCUGCUCCAGAGGGAUCUGAAUGAGGUUUUCACUGGAGGGAUCGGCUCCUACAGCCUUUUCCUUAUGGCUGUCAGCUUCCUGCAGCUUCACUACAGAGAAGAUGCCUGCAGCCCUAAUGCCAACGUGGGUGUUCUCCUUAUAGAGUUCUUUGAGCUCUAUGGGCGCCACUUCAACUACCUGAAGACGGGCAUCCGGAUCAAAGAUGGCGGCAGCUAUGUGGCCAAAGACGAGGUUCAGAAGAGCACUGACCUCUACAGGCCCUCCAUGCUCUUCAUUGAGGACCCCCUAGCACCAGAUAACGACGUUGGCCGCAGCUCAUACGGUGUGUUGCAGGUGAAGCAGGCCUUUGACUAUGCCUACAUUGUGCUCAACCACGCCGUAUCGCCCAUCGCCAAGUACUACCCAAACAACGAGUCUGAGAGUAUACUUGGCAGAAUAAUCCGGGUGACCCAGGAAGUAGUUGAAUACAGGGACUGGAUCACCAAGCUCUGGGGACCACAUUCUCAGAAUGAACCUGCCAUGAAUGGAAAUGAUGUCACACUGUUGGUGAAGCCUCAGCAGCUGGACGAGUGUAACAACAACCUGACGGAGGAGGUGACUGCAUCUCACAGCAAGACCUCCUCCAACUCCUCAUUAGCUUCAUCCUCAUCCUCCACGAUAUCCAGUUCCAGCGACGUUGAUUCUGACGGGACGCCCUGUAAGACAGUGAAGCAACUGCCUGGGCGGGGCUCCAGCGCCCACAGAGAAUCCUCAGGUGGCGUGACCAAUCACAGAACACAGAGGCACACCACCAGCACUCCUACUGACAACAAGGGGGGCAAGGCCAGGUUGUUCCGCUCGUCCAGUAAAAACACCCACCACGUCCAGCAGAACUCGUCCUCAUCCAACAUCAAGAGCCACCCGAGCAGCAAGCCACACUACCAGGGCAACAGCAAGAAGAGGAAACCUCAGCAGCACUCAGAGGCCCAGGACCUCUGCAGAUAGAGCUGUCUUGGUCUGCUCUGCAACAGACUGACAGCCUGACUGUCCCACUUCUGCUGCCAGACUCCACACUGACUGAGGAGUAGUAUUAAGGAUCUUCCUUCUCUCAAGCGACAUGCAUCUUUUUAUAGCUGAAAAAUAUCCCAAAAAAAGAAAUAGGAAAUGCUGGGGCUUAGUUCUUGAAAGAAAUGCUCAUUUUUUUCCUUGACAUUAACCUGUUCUACAGUGGAGCUACACACCACAUCCAGUACCUACAAAUCUUGCCUUUUACCAUAGCGCCAUCUGGUGUUUUGGAGGAAUAAGUGUCUGGAAAGUAAUGUAGACUUUGACAAGCAAUACCUGGAACUUUGCUGGCGAACCAACUUCAGCAAGAGAAGUAAAAAAAAGAAGAAUAAAAUAGACAUAACAAAAAUUUACAAAAUGUUAUAUUGAAGAAAGAUGGGGGGGGGGGGGGGUACACAGAUUGAAAGACUAAACCCCAAAAUGCAAUCUGUAAGUGGAGCCAAUAAUUUUGUUUUUUUCUGAUGGGCGGUAAUCAGAUUAUACAAAGAUUUGUACAAAAAAAGACAAACAUGCAGAAAUCUUUUGAGAAAAAAUUAUCACAAGAAUGGUUUGACUUUUUACAGGAUACUACGGAUUCAAGGCAAAUGUAUAUGUGCACAUUUGCCUGCUAAUCUGAGUAGUGACAGGUUUGGGUUUCAUUGCCAACAUAAAUCAUCAGCAUUCUAUUUCUACUUGGCUGCUCUCUCAAUGUGUUGACAGGCUUCUUUCCAAAUUAUACCCCCUUCCUGAAUUAGUACACCACUUUCACUAAAUAGGGAAUAGGGUGCCAUUUGGGAUGCACUAACAGUGUUAGCAGUAUGCCUUAGUCAGGUAACGUACACACACAGCCCUAUAGAUUACUGGCUGGCUGGGGACAAAUCACUCAUUCAUACACACAGCUCUAUACAACAACAGUGACGGUUUUUAGAGGUUCUCCCAGACUCAUAGAAAUACAGUUAGAGGACAUCAUGAUUUUAGAAAGAUUCUCCACUUGAAAUAUGUCUAAGAUCCAUAGGUGUGAGAGGUAAUAUUUUACCUUUGGUAAUUUACCCAUUAUGAAAAUGUGUAUUUGUUCAUGUAUUUUUCUAUUAAUGAUAUGAAUAUAUAGUACUAUACAUGUUAUACGUAUUAACGAGAGACCAUAUUCUUGUAUCUUAUAUUUGGAUAGUGUGAUAUUGGGGAAGUAUAAUUGGUCAGGUACAGUACCAAUGUUGCUGUUUUGUGGCAUUUUGUUUUAAUAUGUGGCUGGUCUACUUUAAAAGGAAGCUGAAUUUUUGGUCAGAAUAUAAUGCAAACAAACAACUCUUUUGUUAAUGUGUCAACAACCCCUCGCUGAAAUGUCCGGUAUGUCAACAUCUGAUUGCAGUUCCACAACUAACCUGUAGAUGGUGGCAUUACGACUCUUCACAGCUGGCACCUUCAUACUGCAUUUAGACCUUUUCUUCAGCGUCAUAGUCAAUGUAUUCAGACCCCUUGACUUUAUCCACAUUGUUACAUUACAGCCUGAUUCUAAAAUUAAUUAAAUUGUCCCCCCCCUCAAUCUACACACACUACCCCAUAAUGACAAAGCAAAAACUGAGAUGACAUUUACAUACGUAAUCAGACCCUUUACUCAGUACUUUGUUGAUGCACCUUUGGCUACGAUUUACAGCCUCGAGUCUGCUUGGGUAUGACGCUACAAGCUUAGCACACCUGUAUUUGGGUAAUUUCUCCCAUAUUCUCUGCAGAUCCUCUCAAGCUCUGUCAAGUUGGAUGGGGAGAGUCUUGCACAGCUAUUUUCAGGUCAGUUUUUUUUUUUUUUUUUGAUCGGGUUCAAGUCUGGGCUCUGGCUGGGCCACUUAAGGACAUUGAGACUUGUCCCGAAGCCAUUUCUACGUUGUUUUGGCUCUGUGCUUAGGGACUUUGUCCUGUUGGAAGGAACCUUCGCCCCAGUCUUAGGUUCUGAGCGUUCUGGAGCAGGUUUUCAUCAAGGAUCUUUGUUCUUUGCUCUGUUCAUCUUUCCCUCAAUCCUGAGUAGUAUCCCAGUCCCUGCCGCUGAAAAACAUCCCCACAACAUGAUGCUGCCACCCCCAUGCUUCCCCGUAGGGAGGGUGCGUGGUUUCCUCCAGGAGUGACGCUUGGUAUUCAGGCCAAAGAGUUCAAUCUUGGUUUCAUCAGACCAGAGAAUCUUGUUUCUCAUGGUCAGAGUACUUUAGGUGCCUUUUGACAGCCCGCUUGGAGAUUGCCAUGUGCCUUUUACUGAGUGGCUUCCGUCUGGCCACUACCAUGAAGGCCUGAUUUGGUGGAGUGCUGCGGAGAUGGUUGUCCUUGUGGAAGGUUUUCCCAUCUCCACACAGGAACUCUGGAGCUCUGUCAGAGAGACUUGGGUUCUUGGUCACCUUCCUGACCAAGGCCCUUCUCCCCCGAUUGCUCUGUUUGGUUGGACGGCCAGCUCUUGGAAGAGACUUCUUCCAUAUAAUGGAGACCACUGUGUUCUUGGGGACAUUCAGUGCUGCAAAAAUGAUUUUGUAACCUUCCCCAGAUCUGUGCCUGGACACAAUCCUGUCUUGGAGCUCGACGGACAAUUCCUUCGACCUCAUGGCUUGGUUUUCGCUCUGACUUCCACUGUCAAACGUUAUAUAGACAGGUGUGCCUUUCCAAUCAUUUGAAUUUAUCUCAGGUGGACUCCCAAGUUGUAGAAACAUGAAGGGUGAUCAAUGGAAACAGGAUGCACCUGAGCUCAAUUUUGAGUCUCAUAGCGAAGGGUCUGAAUAAUUAUGUAAAUAUGGUAUUUGUUUGAUUUUUUUUAUAAAUUUGCAAAAAUGCUAAACCUUUUUUGCCUUGAUAUUAUGUGGUAUUUUGUGUCGAUUUUCUUUUUAAACAUCUAUUAUAGAAUAAGUCUAACUUUAGAAAAUGUGGAUAAAGUCAUUUCCGAAUGCACUGUCUGUGCACUAGAUAAUCACUGUUUCCUAACCUCGGUCCUCGAGGAUCCCCAACAGUACACAGGUUUGUUGUUGCCCUUGACAACUCAUUGAGGGCUUGAUGAGAAUGGGGGAUACCGAGUCAGUUGUACAACAAUGCAUUUAACCCAACCCUUCUGAAUCAGAGAGGUGCGGGGCCUGCCAUAAUCGACAUUCACGUCUUCGGCACCCGGGGAACAGUGAGUUAACUGCCUUGCUCAGGGGCAGAAUGGUAGAUGUUUACAUUGUCAGCUCGGGGAUUCAAUCCACCAACCUUUCGGUUACUGGCCCAAGCUCUAACCACUAGGCUACCUGCCUGAUGAUCAGUUGAAUCAGUUGAAGGUGUCCAGGGUUACUGUUUGGGCUACUCCAGAAUCAGGGUUGUGAAACACAGAUGAUCCACUGGCUGUAAUUACAUUUAUACACAUAGUAGGAAUGUCUCAUUUUAGCUACAGUUACUAUUUUAGCAAAUAUGUUAGACAUAUUUGGGCGUUUUUAGAUGGUUAAAAAAUAUUGUCUUGGAAAAGUACAGUUUGGACCUAAAUGCAGUAUGUAUUUGUGAAUUUGAUUUGACACUUAGGAAACACAAGUCAGGGAAGACCGAAUGACUUAUCUAUGCCGUCACAAUCUGUAAUCAUAUCUUCUCACUGCAAGUACUUCAACAAAACUGUAUCGACUCAUCCAAAUUGUAGUUUCUACAGCUAUUCAAACCCAUGCAAUAAAACCCACAGUACAAUAA